AUGCCUAGGAAACAGGACUUGGAAUUGGAAUUUCAACUUUCUAAACAAAAACAGGAACAUGAAUUACGUUUAAAAACACUUGAAUUGGAACAUGAAAAAGAAAUUUUGGAAUUACGUGUUCAGCUAGAGAAGGCCAAUUCAACGCCAGGAGCACAUUCGACAGGAAUGCCAAAAAUUAAACUUCAACCAUUUAAUCAGGAAAAGGAUGACAUUUUGUGCUAUCUCUCUGAAUUUGAUGUGGUAGCUGAGCAUGCAGGUUGGACUGAGAACUCAAAAGCUUUACAGCUUAGGCGCCCAGCAGACUACUUUCAGUUCCUGGAGGAAAUUAAACGUAGACCAGGAGAAACUUACAGAGGAUUAAUGUCAAGAAUAGAUCUGUAUUUGAGUCGUUUCAUUGAUGAGAAAGAUCCCGUACAAAAGUUCCGAGAAGAGUAUUUCUUAAAGGCGUUAUCUCCUCAACAAGCCCAGUGGAUUAGACGGAAUAAGGGAAGUAGUGAGUUAGUUGAAGCUGCUGAGGAUUACAUUCUACCAACAAAAUCGGCCGAGGACAGAAAACUUCAAAAUCCUAAAGUGUUAGGUGAGAAGAAGAGCCAGGAACAGGGGAACUCCGGAAAACAGAAAAGUUUGGAAAAAGUGAAAUGUUUUAGCUGUGGGAACUUUGGACAUUAUGCAAACAAAUGCCCAAAGAAAGGUAAUCUAGCGUCGUGUUUCGUGAAAGGAGCAUUAUGGGGUUUACAUUAUGUUCCGGGGAAAGUGGAUGAUGUGGAAGUGUCAACGGUCAAGGACACUGGAGCAUCUAUGACGCUAUUGCGGGAGGAUCUUGUAGAUCCAAAAUGUGUUCUACAUGGACAAACUACUUCCUUGGUUACAGCUAUUGGACAGCCAUUCGAGGCUAAGUUAGCAGUGGUUAACCUGGAAACACCAAUGUUUAAGGGGCAUGUUCAGGUAGGUUUAGUACCUGAUCUGGUUGCAGAUGGUUUAUUGGGAAUAGAUGUUCUGGAGAGGAACAAAGUUGCAGCUGUGGUUACGAGAGCCAAAGCAAAAGAACAAGAACAAAAUGAAGUAAGUGCCAAAAAUCGCAUGAAUAAAUGUGAUGUCGUACCAAGGGACUUAAAUGUCGUGGUAACUAACGAUGAGGCUGGUGAAGUGAACCUUGAUUUACCGGAUAUUUCUUUGGAAAAGUUGAGCGUGGUUGAUGGAAAUAGAUUACUGGCAGCAACAGAAAAUGAAAUUGGAAUUGAACAGCAAUUUCCUAACGACACCACAGAAACCAUUUCAGAUCUUGUCUUUGGACAUGGGCUGACUCAAGUGCAGAGACAGAGUUUAAGGGAUGUUUGUCAGAAAUUUUCAAGAAUUUUCACAUCAAAGCCGGGAAAGUGUGAUGUUAUCUCACAUACAAUCAAAACAACGUCUGAGAAUCCAAUUACUCAGAGACCUUACAGGAUACCGGAAGCUAAGAAACAGGAAGUUAAGGAGUCUUUGAAUGAAAUGUUAGAACAAGGACUUAUUACACCAUCCAAAAGUCCGUGGGCCUCACCAAUUGUCCUUGUCAACAAGCCUGAUGGGACAAUUAGAAUAUGUGUUGAUUAUAGAAAAUUGAAUGAAAUAACUCUCACGGAUCCUUAUCCCAUUCCACGCAUGAGUGAUAUAUUUGAGAAAAUUGGAAGUGCAAAAUAUUUGAGUAGAUUUGAUCUAACAAAAGGCUACUGGCAAGUUCCUCUGGCAAAGGAAACACGCGAGAAAUCCGCCUUCAUCACCCCAUUUGGCCUUUUCGAGUUUACAGUGAUGCCGUUUGGUAUGAAGACGUCUCCAGCAUCAUUCAUAAGACUUAUGGAUCGUAUUUUAGAUGGAACUCAAAAUACUGUUGCGUACUUUGAUGACAUAAUUGUCUACAGUCAGACGUGGGAAGACCAUAUCAAACAUGUAACAGAGCUACUUCAGCGUAUUUAUGAGGCCAAUCUUACCAUCAGACCAUCAAAAUGUAAGUUGGGAGCAGCAGAAAUCAUCUGUUUAGGACACAUAGUUGGUGGAGGGACAAUUAGACCAGACCCUAGGAAAUUGAAGGCCAUGGAGGAUUUUCCACUUCCCUUGACAAAGAAGGAAUUAAGAUCAUUCUUGGGAUUAACUGGAUACUAUCGCCAGUAUAUAGGAAGUUAUGCGGACAUAACUGUACCACUGACUGAUCUACUGAGAAAAAGUCAACCCACAGAAUUAAAAUGGACGGAGAGGGAAGUGCAGUCAUUCAAGAAACUGAAGGAGGCCCUGAUGACAGCUCCUGUUUUGGUCAAUCCGAACUUCAAUUUACCGUUUGUACUACAAACAGAUGCGAGUAAUAACGCAAUUGGAGCUGUCCUGAGCCAACAGUUGCCAGAUGGUGAUCACCCAGUUGCUUACCUUAGUAAGAAGUUACUACCAAGGGAAAAGAACUAUUCAACGAUAGAGAAGGAAUUAUUAGCUAUCGUUUGGGCCAUUGGAUCGUUCUCUAAUUACUCUAAGCUACAGACUGCAGUGAUCUGUUUAUGUGAUAAGGUCUUGACUGCUCAUUAA